AUGUUUAUCAUAUGGAAGCUUGCUCUGAUUUUGCCCACUACUGAUCAUCCUAUUCACAUUCCACAUUCAUUGGCGGAUCUCAAACUAUUGGCAGCUACUCUUAAAGUAUAUUCUAGCUCGCAUUUCAUCUACGUGUUGGUUUUAUUCUGCGCAGUGUUUUUAUUUAAACAAUCUUUUGGAGUGCCUGGGUCUGCUCUCUUGAACGUUUUGGCUGGGGCACUAUACGGGUAUCCAGCCAUUAUACUCAUAUCUGUUUUGGCAGCAAUCGGGUCGACAAUUGGAUAUCUUUUAUCCAAACACAUUAUAGGCACAGUUAUAUUUGGAAACCUCAUUAGCAGAAGUCGAAUCCUAAGUUGGCGUAUGGCCGUUGAUGAACACAGAGAUAAUAUGUUACCUUAUAUGAUAUCAAUUCGAACAAUGCCUGUUGUGCCUGGUUGGUUUGUGAAUCUGGCCAGUCCAUUUGUAGGCGUUCCGAUCGGCACGUUCUUUACUUCAACUGCAAUAGGCCUUGUACCGUUUCAUUAUAUCUGUGUUCAAGCUGCGCAUACAUUAUCCACACUAGAAUCCAUGGCAGGUAUUUUCAGCAUAUGGACAGUUUUGCAACUAUUCAUGAUCACUGCGGUGAUUAUUGUUCCCGUAGUUUUCAAGAAACGAUUGGCAAAGCUCUAUAGAAAAAUUACUAGCUAUUAG